GGAAGAGAAGAAGAGAGGUGGAGAAGGAGGAGGAGGGAGUGUUGGUGGAGUUGGUGGUGGAAAGGGAGGAGGAGGCUAUGGCUAACGGACUCUAACCUUCUCCUCCAACAGUAACUCAACCGUCCUAGUGAUGAUGAAGUUGGCUGAUGUGCGCUUCAGGUUUCUUGUCGCCGUAGUUGAGAGGAACUCCACACACCUGCCACAUGCAUCCAUGAAGCAUGUUGAUAACGGGAGAAAUAUCUCAGUGACCUCCGAGUGGGACGUGUUCAGAGUGGGAUUAAACAGUGUGCGGUGGAGGGUUCCCAGUCCUGUAUGGGAUGUUAGCAGACUGGCUGUGCGUCGAGACUGAAGGAGCAUGGUGAAACACCAACCCUUACAGGUCUAUGAGAAGCAGGUCUUUGUGUCCUUUGUCACUGGGAUCUAUGGUUGCCGCUGGAAACGCUACCAGCGUUCACAAGACGACAGCUCCAGGUGGGAGUGUACAUGGUUCGUCAUCUUGUGUACUUCGUUCCUUCUGCUUCUCUUCUGGGCCUACUUCUGGCUGGUCGCUCAAAAUGAUUUUAAUGACUUCAACUGGUCUGUAUACAACCGGUCAGGAGAGUGGAAGGACGAGACCAUUCCUAUUCUGGCCUCCACUACAGUGGGUUUCACUUACAUUACAUUUCUGCUGAUUUUAGCGCUUUUCCACAUAUCUCUGGGUCAACAGCUGAAUCUCUACUGGAUCCAUAAGAUUGGCGUGUUGGCUACUUUACUCACCACUAUAUCUGGUGUGGUCUCUGUUGAUGAUAUAUGGGGAGAUGAGUGGGAAAUCCUCUUGGUGUCACUGCAGUCAACUGCUCCAUUUCUUCACAUCGGUGCCCUGGCAACAGUCACAGCUAUUAGCUGGUUGAUGGCUGGAUAUGUGGUCCGCAGAGACAGAUCCAAUUUUCAGAUGAUGGUGCUGCUCCUUUAUGUCACCCUCCUCCUGGCUGUUUAUUUGGCACCGCUGACGUUCACCUGUCCCUGCAUCAUGGACCGACACAGCCUCAAACCUCGGCCAGACAUCACAGGUCGACGGGGGGCGCCUAUGCUAGCUCCUGAAAACACCUUGGUGUCCUUCAACAGAGCUCUGCAGCAGGGGGCCAGCUCCCUGGAGGCAGACGUCACCAUCAGCAUGGAUGGCGUUCCUUUCCUCAUGCGUGACCGCACACUGAGGAGAACCACCAACGUCAGGAAGAUCUUUCCAGCCAGGCAGUUUGAUGACGCCUGCUUCUUCAACUGGACAGAGAUCCGCUCCUUAAAUGCUGGCCAGUGGUUUUUGCAGACUGACCCCUACUGGACAGUAGAAACCCUGACAACGAGAGAUCGCAACCGAAUAGGCAACCAGACAGUCUGCAGCCUGAUGGAAAUGCUGCGUCUAGUGGCCAAAGCCAACAGCUCUGCGCUGCUCAAUAUCCACAGGCCGCCACCAGAGCAUCCGCGCUCCCGCAGCUGGUUCAUGGACACACUGUGGGCCGUGCAGAAGGCUGGGAUUUCCCAGAAGCGGGUGAGGACUGUGACGUGGACCCCCGACACUGACAGAGGGAGGGUGCGGGGGCUUCAGCAGAGCACGUCUGAGAAGCUGACGGUGACAGAGAUGAGACGGAGGGGAAUCACGAGCCUGACCCUCCACUACAGCAAGGCCAACCACAGAGACAUACAGGAGUAUCUGUCCAAUAAUGUGAGUAUAACCGUCUACCCAGUGAACGAGCCCUGGCUCUACUCCAUCCUGUGGUGUAGUGGGGUGACUUCUGUGUCCUCUGAUGCCCCACAAGUCCUACGAAAGGUGCCUUACCCCAUCUGGCUCAUGAGUCAGACAUCAUACAACUUCAUCUGGAUUUCCUCAGAUUUAGUCUCUCUCGCCAUCAUCAUUGGGAUUUUCUGUUUCCAGAACUAUCAUAUGAUCAGGUGGAGGAUGAGUGAGAUGCAGAGCUAUAAUCCAGAACAGAUUAUGUUAAGUGCCGUGGUGCCUCGGUCCAGUCGGGACGUCAACAUCAUGAAGGAGAAGCUCAUUUUCUCAGAACUUGACAACGGGCUGAGCUGCAGAGAAGAACUUUCUCUGUAUCCUGAGGAUAACUACGCAACAUAUUCUCACGGAGGCCUGAGUCGUUGAAAUUCAGAGCCACAGUUAGAAACACAACUCUGAUUCAACGUUUUCUGUCUGUGGAGGCAGCAAAAUACUUCUCUUCAACCUGCACCAAGAUUUCUCUCAGUUUUCACUGCACUAAUACGGAAGAAGUACGUGCAAAUAACUGGUCAGAAUAAAAACACUUGAAUCAGGUGCAAAUGAUUGAUCGGGUGAGUAUUUCCACGUUCGCCGCUCACUGACUUCAUUGUUUGAUCAGACGGUAUUGUCCAUGAAGAACUUUCCUCGGUCCAUUUAUUAAACUGAACUCCUUUUUUUUUUGGAGUGAUUCAAGCUGUUUGUAACAGAGGAACUGAACUGUGUAGUUCUCUGGUACAGUGAUGUAAAUAUGAGUGACGUUUUUAUUUAAUUUUUUUCUGAGAUGAUUUUUCCAUUGAUUUGACUUGUGGAAAACACGAUUGAUGUUUGCUUUAUUUUUGCUCUAACAUAAUUAGGCCUAGGUUGCAUUUACAGUUUUUGGGCCAAGCUUGCUGUCAUGGGGGGAAGGACGGGGGAGUCAUUAAUAUAACAGUAGCUGCACCAUUCACACGGCUGCCUUUAUGUUGUGACUGGUAGAAUACUACUUGCAGAGUGGUAUUGUCAAACAGUCAUUUCACUGCAACUAUUUUAAAUUAAUCAGGUAUAAAGUUCUGCUUUUAGUCACUAUUAAAGAUUCUACGCAAGUUUGGACAUCCUUAAAAUUGUAUCAUUAAUUUCUAUUGACAUAAUUCUAUAUAGUUUCACUUAAAAUGUAUUCACUCUAUCAUAAAAUGGCGUUUCUUUUUCCAAAUUGCUCAUACACCCCCUCCCCCCACAAUGCCUUAAGUCCAAGUUUGAAUCUAACCUGCGUUUGAUUUUCCUUUUCAUAUUUGUGUUUUGCACUGUCACUUGGAACAAACCUUUUAAUUGGUGUAGUAAAGAAAAAUAAAUUAUCAAUGACUUCUAAAAUAAAAGAACAGAAACAUUUACACACAGCUUAGUGUUUAGGAUUUUACAUAAUUAUCUAGUUGUUUACAGUUUAACUAUACUGUAUAUUUUAAACAUCAUAGGUCUCAUUGAAUGAUCAACCCUGCUGCAUAACAAAUAAAAAAUAAAUGCUGAUGCAUGUACAGGAUUAAAGUAAAAAUUUGUGUUUAGUGAAGACUCGGCAUGUAUAUAUAUAUAUUUUUUUUAUUAUUGUUGUUUGUUGUUACGACUUGUUGCAUUGAAAAUAAGUCAUUUUUGCUUCACAUGGAGCAGUAACCUGUAAAAAGAACAAAUUAUUUCUGUUCAUUUUUCACUCAUCUGCUUAAUUGUUUCAUGAAGCUCCAUUGACCAAAAAUUACCACAAGGAUCGGACCCCUGAUAUUCUCCCUUGUAAGGCAGGAGCAUCAACCACUCUUCCACUGGGUGGCCGCUGCAUUCUUCCCUCAAGUGCAGUGACAAGGGCUGCUGGGAGAUAACAUGUAGGGCUGUGUCCUCGCCUGUGUUUCCAGGAGUCUCCUGAGCAGUUGGUAAUAUCUGCCUUGUCCUCGACCUGCUCAUUAGCCUUGUUCCCUAUCUAAUGAUCAGGUGUAAAUCAGAGAAGACAAGCUGUUUGGACAAUAUGUUAGGAGAGUUUCUCAGCUAUUGUUCUGCUGAAGUACAGCUGAACAACCUGUCUGUCUGCAGCCGUGCCCUUGUGUGUCCUACUCCAUCCUUAACCGUCUUUAUUUCCCCCUCUUACAGGCCUGGACACCUCCACGCUGUCACCUCUCCAUUUUCCUCUGACUAUCAAAUGUCUCGGGCGUAUCUCCUCUGUCCUGUCACUGAACGUGUUUGAAGACAUUGUCCUUGGGUGACUUUUCCCCAUGCCUCCCAUUACUCAGUGCACGGCGUCUGCCGACAAUGUGUGUGUGAUCUGGAUCGGGCACCUUCAGCUCCAUUAGGUGGCGCUUACUCGGCCUCAUCAAACAUUUCACUGUUUGGUGACUGUUCAGCUGUGAAGGUGAGGAAUAUUCCUGAGAAAACACUUUAAGACAUCGCUCUGAAGCAGGAGGAAAACCUUCUUAAAUAAAUGUUGGGUUUUUUGGAAAAACCUCAAACAGAAUACCAUAGAGUGGAGCUGCAGCACUCCUCCACAGUUGGUCUGUGUCUGACAUUGUUAGUCUUGUUUCUUCAUGUUGUCCUUCACCUCCCUCUUCUUCAUGUGCCAUUCAGUAUUACUGUCCACUGGAACAUUUAGUUAUGAUGGCAAUCACAUCUGCCACCUAAAUAAACAUUGUAGCCGUACAAAACCUUUUUGUACAGUUCGUAGAGGUUCAAGUAUUGGUAAAUUUUUAAGAUAAAACCAUUUUUAUAUUCUGUAAAGUAUUAUUGCAGAAUUAGCUACCACUAGGGGGUGUGUGAGAUAAAAAAGGUGAUGGUUCUCAAACUGGUUAGGAUGUAGAAAGGGCUGCAGGCCUACAAAAGUUUAUGAAUAAAUUCAAUAAGUCAUUAAUUCCUUGAGCCUGUGGUUUGGAACCAAACUGGGCACCAAACAGCAGAGCAGUACCUGCAGUGUUAAUUAAUAUCAACUGUACAGCUGGAUAUUCCUUUCUUUUUUUGCCUAAUUGGCUGUAGAAACAUUGACCAAUGGCAACAUCUGAUUAUCUUGAGUUUAAGAGAUCCAAGUGUCGUGUUCAACAGGUCUUCCAUCACCUUCUCUGUUACUGGGACAGUCUGACCCACUGGUGACUCCUCCUGGGGAAAAAGCAGGUAAAUGUAACCUGACACCUCUGUGUGUGCAUGUAAAAUAGAGGUCACAAUAUUGUACAAACGUGUUUUGCAUAAUGUAUAGUAUUAUGGUAGGAAGAGUUCACAUUAUCCGCAGGUUACGACAGUCCAUAUUGUAUAUGCAGCGUUUGUCCACUACUUCCUCCACAGAGCAGGUUUGUAUUUUGUUGUGAUUCCAUUCUCCACGGGACAAAUCACCACUGUAUCCAUUCUGUAUCCUCUUUUUGUCCUCUGUUACAGGUCCUAGUGCACUUCCUGGCAAACAAAAUUGAAAGCAAACCAACCAGAAAGCUGAGUCAGAGCCUAAGCUGCUGUGUUUGAUUACUCGUGUGACGGAGCAGCUCAGGGUCCCAGUUUUUGCAGGGACACGCAGGUCCUCUGGCAAGCAAAACGCUUAAUCCUGCAAGAGUUGUCCUGCUUUUUAUAGCUGACAUCUAUAGGAGGUGUGUAGUGAGCAUAAUCCCCAGUUGCCUGUGCUCAGCUUUUAACUUCCUCUUCCUGUAUGGGGACUUAAAAGGAACAUGGGCUACUUUGGCAAGUGUUCAACGUUCCAAAUUGGAGUUCCUCAUAGAUUCCAUAGAUAAAUAUUUGAUUAUGUACAGCCUGUACGUUGAUAUCUGUGUGUCCUUCCCCGUCUCAUCUGUUUCUCUCUGCUUCUGAGUAUACAAGGUUGUGAUUGGAUCUUGUCAUUUCUUGUACUGUAUGUUCUGCUGUUGUGUUACAGGCCAGAUUCUACUUGAUACGUAGAGGACUUUCCGAAACAACUUCCACCCAGAAUCACCAGCAACGAUUAUGUUGUUUUGAAUCAAACAUUUAGGAUUGGAGGAGUGUGAUAGUGCUGUGUUUCCUGUGAGUUUGGGAUUGGAAGACAACUGAUGAUAGAUUUAAUAUCAUGGUUCCAUAAUGUAGUAGCGGUUAUCAAGUCACCCUUACACGCAGAAGGUCCUGGGUUCAAGCCCUAGAGGAGCCAUGUUUCUCCUGUGGCAGUGGGUGUGGGCUGUAAAGACUCACACUGUGAACUGUUCCCCAUUGUGGGAUGAAUAAGGGAUAUUUUAUAAUAUAUUAGUUUUAUUUCCGGCUGCUUACUGAGUCACUCUAAUGGGUGAGCUCCACAUGGUAAAGGGUGAAUGUGUUUUAUUUGACAUUUUUCCAGUAGUGAUGGACAUUCAUUGUGCCUUACACCUCAGGUUUUGUCACAUACCUACUGACACCAAGGCUGCCAGGGGUGUAGCAUAUAAAGCAGGAAUUGAGGAAUUGAACCCACAAAUGAGCUGUUGUAAAACAACAAGAAUAGUUACUAGGUCACUAUCACCACACUGGUCACUCCACCUGGUGAGAAGAAGCAGGUGAAAAGAAAAGGACAAACCAGUUUUUCAUGUAUGCAUAUAUAUAUUAUUCUUACAUGUACUGUAUGUUUCAGAGAAGCAGUGAUUUUCGUUUAUGCUAACUAGCCUGUCACUGCUAAUUACAACACUCGUUGUACAGUGAUGUACAGUAGAGUUGUUCUAGUGCAACACUCAGUUUGAUUGGUUGUUGGCAGCUCAGCUCCGCUCAGCAGAGCAGAGCAGGUGUGAGUCUGUCAGCUACAUCUGCCCACUUACAGAUGUUGUUCCACAGAGCAUUAAUGCAGAAACAGCUCUCCAUCAACAUUAGCAUACUGUGUUGACUGUCAGCGCUCCCUCUAGUGGAGUGAUGCUGAGCUACAGAUUCCCUGAAGCCUUCGUGUACCAUUAAUGCAGACUGGUUUUGACAAGUACAAACAUACUUAUUUUUAGAAUCUUUGUCUAUAGCUCAGGCAGAGGUCAAAACACUAGGUGGCAGUAGGUAGUAGGAUAAAGGAUAAAAACAUAUAAAAGUCUUAAUUAGGCAUUAUUAUGAGAAUAACAGGAAGCAGGGCUGGUUCAAAAAAGAGGGGAGGAGUUACCGCACAGGUGUGCAUGGUUAGGUAAUCACCAUGGAGCAUGGAGUGAAGCAAAGGGUGAGUCAGAGUUGUACCCACAGAGUGUGACUCAUCAUUAAUUAUGAUGUAAUCAGUCUCCUGUAUACAGUACUUUACCUGGACAAGUUAAUUGGUGACUUUCCGUAUGAUCUGUUACAUCUGUUCCACACUGCCACCCACUGACUGCUUGAUGAAACACCAUUUGUUCUACAAUAAUCUCAUAUCUAUAGAAUUAUACUGUAUACUUACUCCACUGUCUGAAAUUCUGGCCAGAAUUUUGACAUUUUUUUAAAAGAAAGCCUUGAUAUUGUCCCCAAAAUGCUAAAGUGUAGAAUGUAGUUUUUAUUUUAAUGCUUGUAUUCAUUACCAGUAUUUAACAUUUAAACUCUAAUGUCUGAUGUAUAAUAUACAUUCAACCAUAUUAUAACAAUAAUGAAUCUGAUAAUAAAUGCAGUAACAUAUACAUUUAAUUGUUACCACCUCCUACACUAAUUCUGCACAGUUUAACACUCUCUAACCUACACGCCUGUGACUGCGAAUUAUUAUAAUUGCAAUUAAAGAGUGCUUCAUGAGGCAUUGGAGGUGCCAACCCAGGCUGAAAAUGAAACUGUGCUUUGGAACUUAAUAAAAGCUGUUCAAAAUACCGCAUAUUAUAAAGACGUUAGGGUUAUUGUUCAGAUUGUCAGAACGUUUCGUUAAGAUCCCUGCUGUGUGAUUUAAAAAAAGUCACGGCCUGUGAGGCACGGUUUAAUGACGGUGCAGGUCUGAGAUCAGGCUCCACCAUGAACACUGAGGAAAGUUGAGGCUUUAGAAUUAAGUGAGUAUUUUUUUCUUAUAUGUUAGUAUUUGUAUCCCAUCAACAAAAAAACUAUUACACUCAUCUGCACAGUUUCAGCAGUGAUGGUUAAAACUGUGACCUCAAACAUGACUUUUUCCAAAGUAAAAGCCUCAGACUUGGUAUUUCUGUGCGCAGUUCUCCUCAAGAAUAACUAGGUUUCACCUUUUGUUUUUUAGUUUCUAGUAGUAAAUGUGUUUUGAUGACACCUUUUCUGUGUUAGGUGUAAAAGUAAUAUUUUCACUGACUGCUGUCUACUUCUUCAUCAGCUCCAGAUCUGUGCUGGAGCUGAUGACUUGUGGAGAUGGUUCCAAUUGUUUGAGGUUAAAUGGUCAAACACACACACACAAACACACACACACACACACAUGGUCUGCCAGAUCAUUUUUAACUCUUCUGUCCCACAGUGCCCCCCUCUUUGCCUUCCCCAUGUCUUUGGUCUGGUGCAGAGUUUUGAAGCAGACAACUCUUCUGUUCUCCUCCCCAGGCCAGUGUAGGUGAGAACAGCGUUUCUAUCCAGCACAUCUGCCAAGAAAUCUUAAGACGAGCAGAGAUUAUUUUUGGAUUAUCAGGACAGAGUGUGGCAUCUCUGACAGUGUGAGUGUCAUCACCCACAGCAUCGCACCGUGAUUCUCUGACACGCUCUUUCCUUUUCCAGGACCCGCUCUGAUGUCCUGUCUUUUAGAUGAACCAGACUGUGUUAGCUCAGCAGCCUGUUCCUGUUGGUGAUGGAUUCUGCCCUCUCUGCAGUUUCACUGUCCUGUGACAACGGAACAACUUGAGCACCUGGGCCAAUGCACCAGGUAGGUCAGCGUAACGUGGACAGGAUGUAGACCAGCCUCAUGUCCAGAGAAGUUUCCUACCAUCCUUAAUUUGGGUUAAAGGCAAAAUCUAAGAUUUUUUUUCUAGUUAUUUACCUUUAACUACUGUAAAGUUAACCGUUCCUUUCGCACUGGUUUGUGGUUACCGUUGUCUGAGUCUUUUCUCCAUGACGUUGUAGUCAUUUUCAAAGGGAGACAGAUGUGGAGCCCAUGUGGCUGAGUCUAUCACAGCAGCAGAUGUUGGCUACACUUUUUGACUCGCGGGCCACAAUUGUCCUAAACUGAACGGGCUGCAUCUGGCCCACGGGCUUUGUUUGCCCAUGUCUGGUUUAAACCUUAACAACACUUUUUUAAAUAAAUGAUUGUCAACAUUACUACUACCUAGAGGAGAUGCAGUACUAAUGAUAGUAAUUAACAUUAGGGCCUAUGUAACCCCUUUAUCUUGCUUAACGAUAGAUUCAUCCUUCUGACUCUGUUUGAAGCCCCGUACCCUGGUCCACCGUCAGUAAUCAUCAGUGAUCAAUCAUCACUGCCCGUUCACAAUACACAGUCAAUUAAAAUGGUCGAACCAGGGGCAGGUUGACAAUGCUUCUAAUCCAAGCCUUUGGCCGUUACAGAUUUUUAAUUACUCAGCGUGAACAGUACGUCAAUCAGACAUGAGUAAUCAAUACCCGGCAAUCAGUGCUGUUCUGCAGUGAGCUGAACUUUCUCACUCUCUGGACCGUGCCCAGCUCAGCAGCUGUCAUUGACUUAGCUUACAUAUUUGUGGGAACUUGAGAAUUAAAACAUUGUUAUAUAGUCUUUUUUAAUACCACUAACGCUAAAGGGUUUUUACUCAAAUCUAUUGCCGCCUGAAUUCUUUGCAAACCCUCGAAGUGUUGCAUCAUUUUGUUCAUGAAAAAGUUUGAGUGUUUUUAUGAAGAGGAUGUUGAAACUAUUUAAAUAUUCCACCUGCAGAGAGGACAUAAUUGGUCCUGGCAGCUCAUUUUCAACAGUUCUGGGACAUAUGGAACUGAUUUGGAUGAUAAGGGAAUGGACUGUGAGACAGCGUGCUGUAGGAGCAGCUGUCAAAACGAUGGGAUGCAUUUUCUUAAGCAAUUACAGCCAACCAUAUGUGGAGAUAUGUUGCAAUACGUGGAGACGGAGACGUAGCUGUGAAGUAGUGUUGGCUUCAUUGCAUAAGCUGCUGUUUAUCUGAACGCACAUCGGAAUUGGACUGAACCGGUUUCCCUCUGGCCUGAAGACUGUGACUGCCAACUUUGAGCUGAUUAAAAAUAAUAGAUUUCAUACAUUUUAAUGUCAUCAUGUUUUACAUCAAACACACGUACAACCAGUCAAACUCCACCCUGUCAUAACGGGAGUCUAGGUGUGCUGUUUUUAAAAACAAGUUUACUCAAUUGUUUUACCUUCGGUUGAACAUUGCAUAGUGAUG